AUGGCGGCGAGUAUGGACAUUAGAGACGACAGUGAUGAUUUAAACGAGACAUUGUCAUGUUAUUCCUCUAGUUUUGAUGAGAUGGAGAACAACACAGCUCAUUUGGGGACAGAACCAUAUUUAUUUGAGCCGGAGAUCGACUCUGAUGAAGAAGAUUUGGAAAGAAACACCCCAGAUGAAACCAACCAGUCGGACCGCUUGGGAACUAAUGAGUGGUGCUCUUGUGGCCACUGUCCUGAAAUGGCAACUGUAACUGAAUCUAUUUGUUGCCAUGAAAUUCCGGAAGUUAUGACUGUAUUACAUGAAGAUGCCGGAAAAACCUGCAUUACCCUACACCAAGGAUUUGAACCAGUCUGUCUGAAUCAAUAUGUGUUGCGUACUGCAUAUUUCGAGUACAGGCAGCAAUAUCAAGACCUUCCAGAGAGUAAUGAUCGAAUGCGGUAUAUUGGCUACAGACAGCUGGUGCGGUGGUGCUGGGGAUGGUUAGGGAGAAAUGUUCGUGUCCCACUGCCUGCUUGUGCUGUUACCAAAGUCCGAGAAACAUACCCUGAAGAAACAGGCACAUACCAUGGGUUCGAUGCACCUCAAUUGCGCUGA